AUGUCAUAUUGGCUCUUGUUCUGCAAUCACCUCCUCUCACUUACCUCACACUCCCUCUUUACACGUACUUACUCUCUCUAUCUUCACUUAUUCUGCUUCUCUCCUUACACUUUCUAUUCUUUCUAUUUUUCAUUCACUGAGUCUUUCUUUUCAUUCCCUCUCUUUCUCCUUCAUUUUUCCUUCAUUCUCCACUCUCUCUCUCUCUCUCUCUCUCUCUAUUUAUCUUUCUUUCUCUUUCUUCAUCCACUUCUUCACUUUUCUUCACUUUCGCUUUAUCUCUGUCUCUCUCUCUGUUUAUUUUCUCCCGUUAUCCUUUAUUUUCUAUUUUAUCUUCCCUCCAUACGUUUUCCCUUUCUUUUCCACGCCACUUUAUUCCCUCUUUCUCUAUUCAAGUUACUUUUCUUCUGUUUACCUUUAUCUCUCAAUUCUCUCACUUUAGCCUCGUCAUCGCUGUCUGUCCCAUUUCCUUUGUUUUCACUUCUUGUCAUUCUUUUUAUAUUUUUCAUUAUCUCUCUUUUCUUCAAUCCUAGUUUUAUUCUUUCUUUAUUCAUCAUGCUUCUCACUUUCAUUUUGACUCCCGCUAACUUCCUUUUUCUCUUUUUCUCUUUCUUUAUCUCUCUACAUAAUCUUUCUUCUCUUGCGUUUUCUUUCUUCUUGUUCUCUUUCUUCCCUCAUUUCCUCUUCCUCCUUUCACUUUAUCUCUCAAUAUUUCUCCAUUCUUUCUCCUUUCCUUCUCUUUUUAUUCUUCAUUUAAUAUCUCUCACUUUGCUAGUCUUUCUUCCUCAUUAUAGCUCUUUAUCUCUCGUUAUCUCACACCUUCCUUCUCUCUAUUUUUGUUUCAUUCUUUCUAUUUCUCUUCAUUAUCUAUAUAGCUAUCUAUUCUUUUCCUCCCUCCUUUCUUACGAUUUACUUACUAUCGAAAAGGCUACUGGCCUGUUGAGGAAAAAUUACAGACUAAGACAAGUUUAUGGAUGA